UCCUAUAUACGAGAAACAUGUCAACAAAUGAACUAAACUCAUUAUCUGCCUUUACCGCACAGGAGAAUGCCGCAAAAUCUUCCUCGAAAAAAUCCCUUUCGGGAAAAAUUCUCAUCGGAGUGACAGGUGGCAUAGCGGUCGGACUUUCAAUCGUGUGCUACCCCUUCGUAGCACCGGCGUUGCGUAAACAUUGUUUACCGUUUGUGCCGGCUACGUCCAAGCAAAUCGACAAUGUGCUGGCGUCGGUUCGGAGAGCAGGUACGGCCGACAAACUUUUGGACAUCGGUUCCGGCGAUGGCCGUAUUGUGAUUGCUUCUGCCAAACGUCUCCAGCUGGAGUCGCAUGGGGUGGAGCUGAAUCCUUGGUUGGUUUACUACUCGCGAUUGGCUGCACUAAAAGGGGGCGUUUUUGGACAGACGAAGUUCUACCGGAAGGAUUUGUGGAAAUACGAUAUUUCUAAAUACAAUAACAUUGUUAUCUUCGGAGUGGAACAAAUGAUGGCUGAUUUAGAAAAGAAGAUCCAAGAUGAAGCUAAACCUGACUCAACUAUCAUUGCGUGUCGGUUUCCAUUUCCUAUGCUUCAACCAACAAAAACGAUAGACGACGGAAUUGAUUCAGUGUGGGUUUAUCAGAACGUGAAACAAAAAUGAAUAUUUAUAUCUAGUCUUGAUUUGCAUUUUAUGUAUUGAGCUGUUAGGGAACUUUUAUAAUAAUUAUGUUAACGCUAAUUAUGUUUCCUAAACUAUAAAUACAAUUUAGUUGUUUAACAAAAAGAGAAA